CGGUGGGAGGAGCAGCAGCAGACCAGAGGCGGAGCCAAUCGUUAAUAUGUUUUCGGUUCAACUUUCAGCUCUGAAGUCAAUUAAGUAUUCAUAAUGACAUAGGGCAGAUGGAGUGUUAAACAUCAUUUUUUUCUGACCGGUUCGUGUGAGGGAGCUUAUCUGCUGAAAGAAGCAAUUGUUUUCACAAUGUACCAGCAGCUCAUAUUGUUCGUUUUUCUGUCCGGUGCGCUAAGCUCUCCCAUCGGGGAAGAUGAGGGAGAACUGAACGAUGACGUCCCGCUCCCAAUUAUUUUUGUGAAAUCACUGGAUAAUCGAAUGAACAUCCACCGGUACAGGUCCAAUUUAACAACACUUGCUGCUCCUACUGCUCUUCCUGGCAAGAAUAUUCCAUGUGGAGAUUAUCACACAUUCAACUCUUCAGCUAAGAAAUGUGAAUUCAUCCAGACCAACGGCGAUUGCCAGAAUUCAGAUGGUUUUAUCAAUUAUCUUCAGGUCAUCUAUUGCUCCUUUCCAGGUCUACGGCCUCUUGGACUUGUGUGUCUGGGUCUUUGGUUGAUAUACUUGUUGAUAACCCUUGGAGUAACUGCAGAAGUCUUCUUCUGCCCCAAUCUUGAUGUCAUGGCUAGGACACUGAAAUUAAGUCAAAACAUUGCAGGAGUAACUCUUCUAGCAUUUGGUAACGGAGCUCCUGAUAUCUUUAGUGCUAUAGCAGCAAUAACUAAUGCAAGGGAUGGUGAGGCUGGACUGGCAAUUGGUGCUUUAUUUGGAGCUGGUAUAUUUGUGACAACGGUGGUGGCUGGAUCCAUUGCUGUGACAAGACCGUUUAAGAUGGUUGAGCGGCCUUUCCUGAGGGAUUCUAUCUUCUACUUGGUAGCAGCAUUUUGGACCUUCUAUAUCCUCUACAAGGGCAGUAUUGUGCUCCUGGAGGCAGUUGGUUACAUAUUGCUAUACGUUGUGUAUGUGAUUGUAGUGUUUGUGGGACGCAAGAUAUACCAGAACCAGAAACGCAGGAAACGGGAGCAAGAGCAGACGGAAGAAACAUACACCAACGGCAUUCAGCAAGAUCUCCCAGGGCCUGGAGAUCCUUGUACUGACUUUCAUCCAAGCAUCAAUUCUUCACUUCACUAUCCUAGUUUCACUCCAAGCAUAAAUUCCUCCCAUGUACCUAGUAUCAACAGUCACGAUGAUGACGUCAUACCCAUUAUUGGUGCCGUGCCCCGAAGAGUCACUGGGGGGCUUAGUGCAACAGAGAGAUUAGCAGUAGCUAGUAUGUUAGGAGUGGAUGCUGAUGUAGUUCGGAGCAUUACACCACAACCUCAUCAAACCAACAAUGAGAAUAGUAAUGAUGAUGAUGAGUCUCGCUCCCUCCUGAGCGGUGAUGCACCACCUCCUGGUCAAGUAAAGGAGUUCUUUAUUGGUCUGUGUCCUGUAGAUAUAAAGGAAUGGUCAGAACUUGCAUGGUACUCAAAGCUAUGGGCACUGCUUAAGUGCCCAAUGCUAUUAUGUUUAAAGGCAACUGUUCCAGUGGUGGACUACAAUGAACCAAAACAUAACUGGAAUAGAUUAUUAAACACUCUUAAUCUACUCCUAGCUCCUGUAUUCUGUGCGUUUGUAACCAAAGGUUUAACUAAAACCAUAACUGGUGGUUUUGAAGUAUGGCAUCUUGUUUUAUCCUUAUCAUUCUUGUUAGCAGUUCUUGUAUUCUUGACAUCAAAACCUAAUAAACAACCUGUCUAUCACUCGGUAUUUUCCUAUAUAGGUUUUGUUGUAGCUGUGUUAUGGAUCUAUUCUACAGCAAAUGAAAUUGUCAACAUUCUCCAGAUGUUUGGUUUGGAAUUCUACAUCACUGAUGCUAUACUUGGUCUUACAGUUUUGGCUUGGGGAAACAGUAUUGGAGAUCUUGUAGCCGAUGUUGCAAUGGCCAGGCAAGGCUUUCCAACCAUGGGCAUGUCAGCUUGUUUUGGAGGACCUAUGUUCAACAUGUUACUAGGUAUUGGUAUAUCAUGUACAAUUGUUACUAUCAGAGAUGGGGGAACAUUUGUGCUAAACACUACCCAUGUUCAACUGGUUCUUGCCUUAGGUUUAGCAGUUAGUCUCCUCUCAUCAAUGUUCAUUAUGGUGGCUUCUGGAUUCAGAGCUUCUCGGUUUUAUGGUGUAUACCUCUUUAUCCUUUACAUCGUAUUCUUAGUUGUAGCUUUGUUGAUAGAGGAGAAUGUAAUACCUUGGUGAUCUCCACAUGUCUGUAAUGCCUUGACAAUUAUAGAUAUAAAUUAGUAUUAAUAAUGCACAGUUGCUUGCUAUACACAUUGGACAAAAGGAACAAUGGGAAGAAAAGAGAAUCACAAUAGGCCUAUUAGAUCAUUCUUCCUGCCUUGAGCAAAUUUGAGUCCCAGUGCAGUAAAAUAAGUAUUUUUAAGCAACAUUAAUACAAGAAGUGCAUUAAUGCAAAUAAGCACAGCCUCAUAAUUUAGCUCUUCUUUGUGCAGUGGAAGUCAACCACCUGUUAUUUUGCAUUAUAUGACAACUAGAUAGAUCAAUGUGAUUUGAUUGGUUAUUUGAUAUUGUUCAUUCAGCCCAUUUUGCAAUGACAUCAUCAACCUUGCAAUUUUGGAUCCAUACGAUUUUGUCAAUUGCACUCGUGCACCAAGACUGCAGCUCAAGCACCAGCAGUGCGCAUGUUGUAAUGACGUAACUAUCAACAGACCAAACUCGCACUGCAUGAGCAUUUUUUGCAUCGAAAUUCACGAA